AUGGACAUACAGAUCAAGGCUACAAACUUAAAUCCCUCCUCAUCAACUCCUUCCGACAUGCCAAGAAGGCCUUCGCCUCCGAUUUCCGUCCAUUUUCCGGCCUUCUACGAUCAAACGUCGGUGUCGGAGACUGGAAGACAACACAGUCUGAUGAGUCUCUCCGACAAGUCAUGUACCUCAACUGCUGGGGCCAAAGUUGAGGAUUGGUUUGUGUACUGUGAUUGGGAGGCUUUCUCGACGGAUGAGCAAUCGAUGAUGCGAGUUAACUCUUGGUUUUUGGAUUUGGAUUGA